AUGUUUCAGCUCGGAGGUACUAUCGGCGAUAUCGAAGGAAUGUCUUACUUGGCCGCGUUUGAGAGGUUUCAGAGGCCAGCCCUUCGUAACAAUCUCAUGAAUGUGCAUGUUUCACUCGUGAUGCAUCCGAAUGCUACCGGCGAACCGAAGACGAAACCUAUGCAAAACUCUGUUCGGCAUCUCCGCGCAGCAGGCCUCGUUCCGGAUUUGCUGAUCUGUCGGUCAAGCGAACCGCUGCAAGAGCAUCUCCGUCAGAAAAUUGCUGCUUUUGGGCUGGUUAUUGGGGUACAUGAUGUUUCUAACAUCUAUAAAGUACCUUUACUGCUACAAGAGCAGCAUGUGCUUGAGGCAAUUAUAUCUCGGCUACAUUUGAAACCUAUAAGUGAUGAAGUACGUCGCGAUCUCAAGUUUAACAUGUGCCACUGGACGCAUUUAAGUGAAUUGUAAGU